AUGGCCGUGUCGUCGCCGCCGGCCAUCCCGGCGGCGGGCGGCGGCGCGGCGGGCGGCUGCGGCGCGGGGGGCUUGUUCCGGGCCGAGCCGCUGUACGCCGCCAGCCCGGCCGAGUCGCCGCGCCUGGCCGGCAGCCUGGGGCCGGGCUUCGCGGGCGGCGGCGGCGGGCCGGCGGGCGGCGGGGGCAACGAGUGCAAGAUGGUGGAUUUGCACGGGGUGAAGGUGGCCUCGUUCCUGGUGGAGGGCCAGGAGCUGAUCUGCCUGCCGCAGGUCUUCGACCUCUUCCUCAAGCACCUGGUCGGCGGGCUGCACACCGUCUACACCAAGCUCAAGCGCCUCGACAUCGCGCCCGUCGUCUGCACGGUGGAGCAGGUGCGCAUCCUGCGCGGCCUGGGCGCCAUCCAGCCCGGCGUCAACCGCUGCAAGCUCAUCACCAGGAAGGACUUCGAAACUUUGUACAACGACUGCACCAACGCCAGUUCACGACCGGGGAGACCCCCCAAGCGCUCUCUGGGAGUUGCGAUACAAGAGAACACGCGCCUUCUGCCCCAUGGAGUGCCCGGCCUCUUAUCACCAGGACUUAUCUCCCCAACAGAUAUAAGAACUUUGUUUUUCCCUGAUGAAACCCACAAAAAGUUUGCAGAGCUCAAGACUCUUCAAAUACAAGGUCUAACAGCGGCUGCCAUGGCUGAAGCGAUGAAGUUGCAGAAGAUGAAGCUGAUGGCCAUGAACAGCCUCCAUGGAAGCGGGAGCCAGAAUGGGACCGAAUCCGAGAAUGAAGAGCUGAAUUCCAACGCAGGUGGAAGUGAAUCCUCAUGGGAUAAAGAGAAACUCCAGUCUCCCAUCACCACGGGAUCCCACCACGGAGUUAGUCAUGCAACGCUGUCGGGGCAGCCCAGUCUGGGAAGUGCUCAUCCUCUCAGCCCUCUGCAGCAGAACCAUCUGCUUACUAACAGAAUAGAUCUACCCUUCAUGAUGAUGCCUCAUCCCCUUCUUCCGGUCGGCCUACCUCCUGCUUCCGUCGCCAUGGCUAUGAAUCAAAUGAACCAUCUCAACACUAUAGCGAACAUGGCAGCUGCUGCUCAGAUGCACAGCCCCCUUUCAAGAGGUGGAGCCUCUGUCAUAAAGGAGAGAAUUCAGGACAGCCCUUCGCCUGCCCCAUCUGUGGAAGAGAGUCAAAGACCUGGGAGUCAUGCCUCUUCACAUCAAAGCAGUAGUGUUUCCAGUUCUCCGUCCCAACUUGACAACACACCCGAUAGAAUUGCUAUGCUGUCGAAUACUAGAGAAGGCGAAUCUGUGGAUCAAGAGUCUGGUCCCAACCCAAGAAAACUCUCCAAGGAAAAAGAAGAGGUCCAGAUUGCUAUCCCAAUCAUGAAACCAACCUUGGAAAAAGUUCAACUGGCUGGACAAGCUUUGCCGCCGGGCUUCCCCGCACCUUUUCUCUUUGCUGAUGGGUUGUCGUCAGUAGAAACUCUGUUAACCAAUAUACAGGGGUUGCUGAAAGUUGCUGUAGAUAAUGCCCGAGUACAGGAAAAACAGAUCCAGCAGGAAAAGAAAGAGUUAAAGAUGGAGCUGUGCCGGGAAAGAGAAUUGAGAGAGAGCCUGGAGAGGCAACUGACAGCUGAGCUGCAAAGCAGAGCAACAAUUCAAAAGCGCUUGAAGAAAGAAAAGAAAGCCAAGAGGAAAUUGCAGGAAGCCCUUGAGUUUGAAUCGAAGAGGAGAGAACAAGUGGAACAGGCACUUAAGCAGGCUACAUCGGGUGACGGUCUCAGGAUGUUAAAUGACGCUGGAAUCCCAGAUAUGGAAGUAGAACACAAUGGAACUCAACAUGACAGUGCAGCAAUGCAAGAAAACAGAACAUACAUCAAACCUACCAUUAUGUACUGAAGACACUUAUUAUGAAUGGGGGGGAAAUAUAUAUAUAUAUAAAUAUAUAUAUAAAAUGAUCACUAUUCGAAGACUAUAUAAUUCAUGGAAGAAGUCCCUUCUAGCCUUUGAUGCCUUCAGUGCUGUGUGAAGAACAGGAUUGGUAGCAUUGAAAACAUGGACUAUAUCAAGCAAUUUGCUGUUCCUGUCUCGAAAACUGCCGAAAUUUCAGAAUGCCAAGGCUUCUUGCAAGCUUUGCCGAACCGAACCAAACCAAACCCUGUUGCAACAGAUCAUUUUAGGUCCCAGAGGAUAGAGAGAGAGGGAGUGAGAGAAAGUAAAGUUUUAGUAUUUUUAAGCACAUACAGGAAUGGUUUCCCCAAAAGAACAACUAACUUUUUUGUUUCUUUGGUCAAGGAAUUAGCUAUGAUGCAAUAGCUAUGGCACAAUGAACAUUAAGGUUCUCACUGGCUUGUUCAUACAACAUGUCCAGUUUUAUCACUGAAACUGUCCAACGUGGGGCUGUUUCAAUUGUGUUUAUAAAUUUAAGCUUUGUUUACUGAAGCUGAAACUCAAUAUAUAUUACGUUUUGGAGAGAACAGUGUGUACAUUUUUUAACAUGAUGAUGUAAAAAAAAAUGUCCUUUCCGUAAGUGACCAAUUCGAGAGUGUGAACGAAACCCCCCCUCCAAUUAGCUGAUGUAAGAAGGGGAUUAUCAAUAGAUGCUUUUUUAAAAACAAAAUUCUCAGUUCCGCUUGGCUUUUUUGGUCUUUUAAAUGAGACGGAAAAGAGUGAAUAUACGGUAGAAUGUUAGAUAAUGGAAACUUUAAAGUAUAGUUUCUCUGUUGUACCAUAUUAAGUUAAAAGUACACAUUCUUUGUUAAAAUGUUCUUGCUAAAAA